AUGUUCCAAGGCAAAUCGAGUACAGAGCGCACAACUUUUAAGCCCUUGAAUACUGACAAGGACUUCAAUGUAUUUGAUCACAGAUGCAAAAUACCACGGAUUAAUCCGUUUUCUCCCGAUGUCAUGCACAUUUUUAAAACAGAAAGAUUUAAGGAGUGCACGGAUCAGCCCGACUUAAUUUCCGUUCUUUAUGAUGGGAUAAAGAGGCAAUACAUUGUGCACGUGAACGAGUCGGUGUUUGCAGAAUUAUUUCCAGAUAUUUUGGCAUUUUCGUGCGUCUACUUUGAGGUGUUACGCGGAGCGAAUGAUUCCCUAACCUGGAAUGUUGGACCCCUCACCUUUGGCCAGAACUGGAUCGUACCUCGUCACAUUGAGGGAAUUGUCAUGGAGUGCUUUGAGCUAAGAAACAGAUCGCGAAUCCUGCAACGCGAUGCAUUCUCUUUUGUCCAGUAUCCUGUCGGGCGGAAUGAACAGCAGGAUGAGCAACGUAGUCGGACCUACCCUAGUGUGAUAAUGUUGGGCAUUGACUCCAUGUCGCAGAUGAACUUCCAGAGAACAAUGCCACUGACAGCAAAUUUUGUGAGACAGCUGGGCUGGUAUGAGAUGCUUGGCUAUAACAAGAUCGGGGACAACACCUUGCCCAAUGUAAUGUCUCUAUUGACGGGUCUUAGUUCGAAUCAGUGGCGUGCUCAGUGCAACAUUCAUGAGCCGGGCUGCUUCGACCAAUUCACGUAUCUCUGGAACCACUUUCAAGAGGCUGGCUAUCUGACGGCCUAUGCCGAGGACACGCCUUCUAUAGAUACAUUUCACUAUUUCACAUUUGGCUUCAUCCGCAAGCCGGUUGAUUACUACCUACGCCCUUUUAUGCUUAUGAUCCAAAACACUUUGAAUACGAUUAAGCACUUCGGCUAUGAAUAUUGUCUUGGUCGGAGGCAAGGUUUUCGCUACGUUUUCGACUAUUGCCUGCAGCUGGUGCAGCGUUUUGUUCGCGAUUCCCCGAAGCCGAUCUUCGGAAUCUUUUGGUCGAAUGGCUUCAGUCACAACGACUUCCGUGGGCCGGCCAGCGUGGAUAGGGAUUUUGUGAGCUACUUGGAGCGGUACAAGGAGCACGGGCUCUUCGAUAAGGCAGUUGUAAUACUAUUCAGUGACCAUGGCCAGCGGCAAGGAGCGUUGAUGAGCUUAGCCUCCAGUUUUCUGGAGGAGCGAUUGCCCAUGCUGCACAUUUAUUUGCCGCCCUGGUUUCGAGAGCAGCAUCCAGAGUUUGUGCAGGCGCUUGACUGGAAUCGUCAUCGCUUGAGCUCGACAUUCGAUUUGCACUUGACUUUGAAGCACCUGCUCCUGCUCCAGGGGCAAUCGAGCCUCCAAUUCAAUUCAUUCUGCGCGAAAUGCCAAUCGUUAUUCGAGCCGUUGCCAGUCAAUCGCAGUUGCGAGGAUGCUGCCAUACCGGAGCACUGGUGCACCUGUGAUUCGUAUGUGCAGGUGCGCAUCAGUAAUGUUUUGAUCUAUUGGGCCAAAACAAUUGUCUAUCGCAUCAACGAAUAUCUGGCUAGCCGAAAUUAUGCAGCGAAAUGUGUUCGCUUGAAGCUGGCAAAGUUGCUGAGGGCCGAACGCAAACAGAUCUUCGAUGAUGAUGGCAACCCUGUGCUGUCACCCCAAAGCAUUCAAACUUAUCGCAUUAAGUUCGUCACUCGACCAAAUGGAGGUUUGUUUCGUGCCACAUUUCUAACCGACUCGCAGAACCAUGUUAUGGUACAGGAGGAGUUCAUAACACGAUUGAAUUCAUAUCGCAAUGAGUCGUUCUGUGUCUCCGAACACGUUGCCCAGAAGUUUUGCGCUUGCUUCGAGGCUAGUCGAACAUUUUCGAUUGAUAUUAUUAAUGUGAACGACCAAGGAACUCCAUGUUAA